AUGGACACUAAUGAUUUCAAUGGAAGCCGCGUAUUUAAACAGCUUUCCUUUGAUUUGGUUUCCAGUAUCUGCAAGGAGCUGGGAACUGCGGACGAGAGGUUGUACCUCGCCUACGCAGAACGAGGGAUCUCACGCAUCCAGGACGGACGGUACAAAGAGGGCGAAGCUAAUCUCAAAAAGGCGCUGCAGAUCCGCAAAGAUCUCGGAAACUACGUUCCCCGGUCAGGUGAGGCUAAUCUGAGCUGGGCUCUUCUCGCGCAGGGCAAGCUUGAAGAGUGCAACACGCUCCUGCUGGAUAGCUUGGCCGGCAGAGAAAAGGCUUUGGGCAAAAAUGAUCGAGAAUCCGUCCGCACUGGGCUGAUUCUUUCUGUACUCGGUAAUCUCCGUGCUGCACAAAGCCAAUGGGAUGAAAGUUUGGAAUUCCAUCACCGAGCGUUGGACCACAUGCGCGCCACGGUUGGCGAUAAAGAUUUCUAUACUGCAAAUGUUGCCCAUAAGGUGGCCGAGCACUUUGCCCGCUUGGGCCGGUGCAAAGAGGCGAUAUCUAUGCUCAACCUGGCGCUGGACAUUUGGUCUGUUGAUCCGACUGCACACAAAAAUGAGAUCGCUCGCAGUACUUCUCUCAAGGGCAUGAUUUUCGAAACAAUGGGCAAAAUGCCGAAAGCAUCCAUCAGCUUAAGGGUUGCCUGUCGUUUGAGGAAGGAAAUCACCCAGGAGGAUCGAGAUGUGAAAAGCUUGACGUGA